AAAAUUAAAAAAUAAUAAUGGUAUUAAUAAAUUUACGCCACCUUACUCCUCACUCUCUCCUCCGUCACUCUCCUCUUCUUCCCAAACAACUUCCUUCUCUCAAGACUCGUUGCUUAGCCGCUGCUAUGACAACAGCUGCAAUGUCGACCUCUACCAAAAAAGUUUUGGUGCCGAUUGCGAACGGGAGUGAGCCGAUGGAGGCGGUUAUAACGAUCGAUGUUUUGAGGAGGUCUGGAGCUGACGUGACAGUCGCUUCUGUGGAGAAACAGCUUCGUGUUGACGCCUGUCAUGCUGUCAAGAUUGUCGCCGAUGCUCUCAUUUCUGACUGCAGCAACACGGUUUUUGAUCUCAUUACUCUGCCUGGAGGCAUGCCUGGUGCUACCAAUCUGAAAGAUUGUGGAAUAUUAGAAAGCAUGGUGAAGAAGCAGGCUGCAGAUGGGCGGCCUUAUGCUGCUGUCUGUGCAUCGCCUGCGGUGGCACUAGGAUCUUGGGGUUUGUUGAAGGGAUUAAAGGCUACAUGUUAUCCAGCAUUUAUGGAGCAAUUAGCUCCUGCUUGUGCAACAACCGUUGAAUCAAGAGUGCAGCAAGAUGGUAAAGUUGUGACAAGUCGUGGACCUGGCACUACAAUGGAGUUUGCUGUGACACUAGUUGAGCAAUUGUAUGGGAAAGAGAAAGCUGAAGAAGUUUUGGGUCCAUUGGUGAUGCGUCCUAACCAUGGGGAUGAAUAUACUAUUACCGAGUUCAAUCCAAUACAGUGGACAUUUGAUAAUUGUCCCCAGAUUCUUGUACCUAUUGCCGAUGGUUCAGAAGAAAUGGAAGCAGUUAUGAUCAUAGACAUUUUGCGACGGGCUAAAGCAAAUGUGGUAGUUGCCUCAGUCGGGGAUAAACUAGAAAUUCUGGCUUCUCGAAAAGUUAAAUUAGUUGCAGAUAUGCUUCUUGAUGAGGCUGCUAAACUUUCAUUUGACCUAAUUGUAUUGCCAGGUGGGCUCGGUGGUGCUCAAGCAUUUGCCAAUUCAGAGAAAUUGGUGAAUAUGCUUAAGAAACAGAGGGAAUCAAAUAGACCUUAUGGGGCUAUAUGUGCAUCCCCAGCUUUAGUCUUGGAACCCAAUGGCUUGCUCAAGGGUAAAAAAGCUACAGCUUUUCCUGCAAUGUGUGACAAGCUGUCUGCUCAGAGUGAAGUCGACAACAGGGUUGUAGUUGAUGGCAACCUCAUUACUAGCCGAGGGCCAGGAACUUCCAUGGAGUUUGCACUGGCAAUUGUGGAGAAGUUUUUUGGACGCAAUAAAGCACUAGAGCUUGCAAAGGUAAUGCUUUUCUGUCGCAUGUAGAACCUAUAAGACUGUUUAGCAUUUACAACCUAGUUACUAGUGAAUAAGAGUGUUUGUCUCUACCACUACUGAGUAUCCACGGGACACUGAUGUGGAAAGCUGAAUUCAUAUUUGAAUAUGGAUUCACAUUGCCGUCAUGUACAACAGCAGUUUGUUUAUAAAUAAAAAUGAGUUUUAAGGACUGAGAACAUAAAAAUUCUGUGUCA